AAACGAGUUAAAUGGCGGUGUGCAUCGAAGAUCUGGCCUUCAGGCAACUUGUACCGACAUCAACGUUGCACUUCCAACCAUGGAACCAUUCCAAGCUACCAUAGAAGAACCUCAAUACUGCCGUCGGUCAGAUUAACAUGUCGCAAACUCCGCUUGGAGAACAGUUCAAGUGGUGCAAACCGUUCGAUCAAGUCACACUGCAGUCACACCAGAUGCCGUUACCCCUAUUCGUACAACACCCAACCGCCUCACCAGCACCACAGAACCAGCAGGGGACAUAAUUGGUUGGUCUACGAAUAUACCACCGCAGCUUUGACAGAACCUGCAGUGAUAUGUCUGCAUAUUCGCAGCACCCGUGUGAAGAGACGGCAAACAUGCCAUACUCAACGUUUGAUAAGAACUCGAAGUCUUGAGUGCCUCCCGAGCCCGGCAUAGCAAUGCUGUGUAAGGGGAUUAUAUCUCUACUUAAGGGGCCCUGCGGCUUGCUAGGGGGUUGUAAUGUCCCUUGAUGAGGAGACGGAGGAUACACUCUGAAUUACUGAAUCUGAUUCACUCUUUACAGUGGCUUCUAAUGCACCAUGGGCAUGCUUCGCCUCUUUUUUGUUAUCCUGGUUGCAGGGGCCUACGUUGCUGUGGCUCAGCAACAGCCUUUUCACGCUUCUAGAAAUGCUGUUUUGUCGGUGGAUAUACUUCCCUCGCUUCCAGAGUCUUUCGAUUCUAUUCCAACCACAGUUGUGACCGUGGACUGUCUUUUCUGUUCUUCUACGGAUGAUGGGGAGGUCUCGUCUUCCACUUGGGUGGACACUACGAUAUAUACACAGAUAUUCAGCAUUGGGACCGAGUUCCCCGAGCCGUCUGAACCGUCAGGUAUUGUGUCUGCGGAGGCAUCUGGGACGGUAAUCUGUGCACCGCAUUGUCAAACCUUUGUGACUGUUCCUUGGAAGAGUGGUGAAUCGAAGAUUGCCCCUCUUACUCCUGUCCCAGUGGCAACCUCUUGCAUCACGAUAUUCAACACCCCUAUUCCUAUUCCCCUUCCCACAACAGAUAUGUGGACUCCAGUUGUACCCUCACCUUCUCUAUCAACAUCGACGUCGUGCUCAACUACUGACACGGACUUGUCUCCUUGGACAUGGCAUCAGCCUGGGCCUUCCCUAUCGACCGAGCUAGCUUCGAGUGGGCUGGGAAUACCUCCAUGGACAUCAGCAGCAACGGAGGAGGCGACAGGUGUUACUGAAUCGACGUCGGGCGCUACAGUAGUCUAUCCUAGUGGCACAGAGAUAACACCAACGUGGUCAUUCGUGUCUGUUCAGACAUCUCCAGCUACAGAAGUAUCAGCGUCGACAUGGAAAUCAACGUCAACGCUGACUGAAGGGGUUCCUGUCUCGGAACCAUGUACUACAGAGAUCACGGUUACAAUGACCAAGACCUUCUACGAGACAUGGGAGUCCAAGACACUUCAGAUAGCCACGUUAUCUCGUACGAUAUCAACCACCAUCGAAACAGUGAUCGUGGAAGCGUAUUCUACGUCGACAGGAGAGGUUGUGGUCGAAGGCACGAAGACGGAGUUAACAACCGUUGAGGCUGUUAGUUCGGGUGUAGACUGUUCGGAGGCUGGAAAAUGUUGCGCUGCUUGUUCAGUUACCGCUGAAUCUGUCGGAGUUGAGACGACGACUUUAACUCUCGAGGGAACAUACACGACUGUCGAGGAGUAUGUGUCUUCUGCUGGGGGCUCAUGGGUGCCAGCCGAGUCUCCCUCUGGGACUGCAGUCAUCCCUGGCACGGAGGGCUCAACUCCCACAAACUCAGAGACACUUACAGAGACAACAACCAAAUCUGGAUCGCACGCUGAAACGGAGACAGCCGGUCCAACGUCAGUUCAGACUGCGGGAGCCGCCCAUGUGACGGCAGCUGUGGGAAUAGGGGCUAUUUUUGGUCUAAUGGGAUUAUUGGCUUGAUUCCAUCAAGCAACUGAGGAGCGGAGCAUGGGAGGAGAACACGCUUGGAUACUGAAUCAUGUUAAUGGACUAGAGAGUUUGGCGCGUCAACAGUUGAUGGUUGCAUAAUGGGCUAGUGUUUUUUUGAGUGAGGACGGCUGAUGUACCAUGAUAGUCUUGGGAUAGCAAACACAGAAUUAGGUCCACAGUCUUGUCCAUCUUGACUCAAAGAGUCCGGGAAAGAUCAGCCGAUGGUGAUGCAAGCGCUCAGAAAGACAAAUGUGCAGCGCUUCGUUAUCAAAAGGUCCAUCCUCGUCUAGACCCUGUCACUUGUUUGCAAAGUCGUCUAGACAUGGCUGGCUGAGGAAUCUCAUGGCACCAGUUAUAUCUCGUCAGGCUUGAAAGCAGAUGAUCAU